AUUUAUAAAUUAUAUUAAAAUAUUCAAACGGUUAACUAAUUAUAUUACUUUAUUUUUUGUGCAACAAACUAAUUAUAUUACAUGAGAAAAAAUAAUGCUGUGAGAAUGCGGUACAUGACAGCCACGUAUCUCUAACAUAUCCUCUUCCCGAACAUUCACCUUAAUAAUUUAUAUGGUCGUUGAAUGAAAUCGAAUCAAAAAAAACAAAAAUCCCCAAAUUACCAAAAUCCUCGGCGACAAAGAGGAGAGAUAGAGAGAGAGAAAGAGGCGAAAAUAAUGGCGUCGAUCCCUCCGCCGGAGCUUGACAACGACUCACUGGCGUCAUCGCCGAGAUCGGAGUACGAUAGUCAGCCACGCGUACGGUUCAUGUGUACUUUUGGAGGAAGGAUCUUGCCACGUCCGCCGGAUAAUCAGCUCUGUUACGUCGGCGGCGAUAAUCGCAUGGUCGCUGUUCAUCGUCACACUACUUUCGCCUCUCUCCUUAGUAAACUUGCUAAACUCUCCGGUAAAAGCAACAUAAGCGUGAAGUACCAGCUACCAAACGAAGAUCUUGACGCGUUGAUUUCCGUAUCAACGGACGAAGAUGUAGAGAACAUGAUGGACGAAUACGACCGCGUCGCACAGAAUCAAAACCCACGCGCCUCUCGUCUUCGUCUUUUUCUCUUCACCAAAAACGUCGCCGGAGAAGAAGAUAACGAUAGUCGAGCUAGCAGUAUCAGCUCUCUCCUCGAUAGCUCUGUUAAUCGGGAGCAAUGGUUCCUCGACGCUCUUAACCUCGGUUCUUCCGCCGCCGCAACCGCGGUAUCUAACGGUGGGUCCGGUAGAGUCUUUGAGCGAGUUAGAUCUGAAGUCUCGUCGAUUGUUUCUGAAGUUCCUGAUUAUCUCUUUGGAUUGGAUAAUUUCGAUGAAACUGCUCCGCCGCAUGAGCUUCGUGAUCGUGAUCCGAGAGCUAAGAUCCAACGAGAAGUCUCGACGCUUUCGGAUCCUGGUUCGCCUCGUCGCGAUGUUCCUUCGCCGUAUGGUUCGACGUCUUCGGCUCCUGUGAUGCGAAUAUCUACACCGGAACUUCCACCACCAGUUUUUAUUAAACCGGAAAGUCCAGAACCGGUUUCGACUCCGAAAUCCAAUCCUCAACCGGAACAAGUAAUGCAACAGAGUAAUCUCCCGGUUAACUCGCAAUGGCAAUAUGCCCCUGGCCCAGGCCAACAGGUUCAUUACCAGGGUCAUACCAUUCACCAAUCACCGGUUUAUUACGUUCCUGGUUCGGUUCCGGGUAAUCAUAUGGUCCAGCAAGGAAAUCAUAUGGUUCAACCGGGUAAUCAUAUGGUACAACCGGUUCAAAUGCCGGGUCAGUAUCUUCAACAAUACCAUCAUGUACCAAUGGGAUACCACCAACCUCAGACUCAUCAGAUGGCUGGUCCGGGUCAAGUAUAUGGUGGAACGGUUAGGCCGGUUAUGAUGGCAGUUGAUGGAAUGAACCGGACGGGUUAUUAUGGAAUGAAAACACCCGGUCCGGUUCAAAUGUAUCAGCAUCACACUGGUAUGGUUGUUCCUGGUGUAGAAGAACAACAACAAUACAGAACCGAAACGGAUUCGGAUACGGGUCGGGCUUCUUAGCUGUUUGAAGAAGAAAUAUGAAAAAUUAUCACAUCCGGGGUUUUCGUCUUUUCAUUGGAGUCGUUCUUAUUCGUUACUGUGUGAACUGUGUAUUAUUUUUUGUUUUACUUUUGUAAAAUUUAUUUUUGUGUGUAAUAAUUUUGUAUUACAAAAUAUAAUGAACAGUAAAACCCAAUAAUAAUAACAUUAUAAUCUAUCAAUAGUGAAUUACAUUUGCUAAACUUUUUUUUGUC